AUGAUAUUCAAAUUCAAUGGAGCCAGCAAUGUGGAGUUGAACAACAAAGAAAUAGAGCUAACUAAGGAAGAAAUGGAAGGAUUGCCCAUAACCACAGCCGAGGAGGCAUUAAAGUACUUGUUUGAUAGGCACAUGGAAGUUAGAGACAGCUACUUCGAUUCUCAUGGAGAGCUUGUGUAUGGAACCAUAUGCAUCAUCAACAAGAUGGAUUGGGAGAUCACGGGAAAAGAAAAAAGCCCGGUGAAGUAUGGCGACCAUGCCGUCCUUAUCUCUACAAUCCACGGGGGAUGA